GACCGCCUCGGGGGCGGGAGCGUCAGGACCGGGCGGAGGAGGCUGAGGCGGCGGCGGGCGAGACCCCCAGGGAGCCAUGUCGGCGGAGACGUUGGUGGUGUCGGCGCCCGGGAAGGCCAUCCUCCACGGGGAGCACUCCGUGGUUCAUGGCAAGGUGGCCCUGGCAGUAGCUCUCAACCUGCGCACCUUCCUCCAGUUCCGCCCCGGCGACCAGGACCGGGUGACCGUCAGCUUGCCCAACCUCGGCCUCCGGAGGACCUGGGAGGUGUCCGGCCUCCGCCUGGUCUUCCCCGAGCCUUUGGACCCGGACCCCUCGGCGGUCCCCACCCCGGAGCGGAUGGAAAAGCUGAAGGAGUUUGCGGGCCUCGCGCCGGGGCCCCUGGACAGCCAGGGCCUGGCACUCUUGGCUUUCCUCUAUUUAUACACGGCCAUCGGCGGGACGGACGGCGCCUGGCCCGGCGUGGACGUGACGGUGUGGUCCGAGCUGCCCCCGGGAGGCGGAUUGGGGUCCAGCGCCGCCUACUCGGCCUGCUUGGCCGCCUGCCUGCUGCUCUCCUGCGGCCGAAUCCCCAACCCCCGGAAAGAAGGGGCCGACGUGGGCAGGUGGACGGAGGAGGAGUUGGAGCUCAUUAACCGGUGGGCCUUCGUCGGGGAGAAGGUCAUUCACGGGAACCCGUCGGGCGUGGACAACGCGGUCGCCACCUGGGGAGGAGCACUGAGCUACCAAGCCGGGACCAUUUCACAUCUGACGAGGGUGCCGUCUCUGAGGAUCCUGCUGACCAACACCCAGGUCCCCCGAAGCACCAAGGCCCUGGUGGCCGGAGUCCGGGAGAAGCUGUUGAAGUUCCCGAAGAUCAUGGCACCGCUGCUGGCCUCGAUGGACGCCAUCUCCCAGGAGUGCGAGGGCCUGCUGGCCAAAAUGGCCGAAGCCCCCGUCGCGAGCCAGUACGCGGUGCUGGAAGAGCUGAUGGACAUGAACCAGCAUUUCCUGAACGCCCUGGGGGUGGGGCACCCCAGCCUGGACCGGCUCUGCCGCGUGACGGCCACCCACGGUCUGCACAGCAAGCUGACCGGGGCCGGCGGCGGAGGCUGUGCCAUCACCCUGCUCGGACCAGGUGCGGAGGCGAGCCAGGUGGAGGCCACUAAGAGGGACCUGCGGGACUGUGGAUUCCAGUGCUGGGAGACCACCAUCGGGGUGCCCGGCGUCACCCUCCACGCGCCGUCCUCCCUGACGGCCGAGGUCCUGCGGGCCCUCGACGGCCUCUGACGGACUCGGCCCGCCCGGCCCCGGCUCGCUCCGACGGUCGCCCCGCUGCCGUGGCUUCCGAUGCAAACGGCCGGCCGGCCCCUCUCUCCCCCCGGCCUUGACGCCGUUCCUUCUUCUCUGCGCCCGCGGAAGCCCUGUGACGGGCGCCUUGGUGCAGCUCUUCCCAACCCAGCCCUACCCGGCCCCAGGUAAGGAUUGCCGUGAGCCAUGUUGGUAGCCAGGGGCCGGCCUCAGGGAUCGUCUCCCUCGGUCGUCAGUAUUUAUUGAGCACUUACCUUGUGCAGAGCACUGUCCUGAGCGCUUGGGAGAACGCAAUAUAGCAGAGUCUGCGACCACUGAUCAUAACUGGGCAAUUUCUUAAGCUGUUGCUGUGUGCCACGCGGUGUUCCAAGCGCCGGGGUGGGCACCAGAUAAUUGGGUUAGACACAGUCCCUGUCCCACCUGGGGCUCACAGUCUUAACUGAGGCCCUGAGAAGUGAAGUGACUUGCCCAAGGUCACGCAGCAGACAAGCGAUGGAGCCGGGACUAGAGCCCAGGUUCUUUUGACUCUCGGGUCCGGGCUCUGUCACUAGGCCACACUGCCCACUGGGAACUUGCAGAUUACAGGGGGAGGUUGAAGGGAAAAUAAAGGACGUAUUGCGAUAUAGGAGCAGAGCAAAAUGAUGGGCCUGCAUUUGAAUGUCAGGAAAACAAAGAUCAUGACGACUGGAAGCUUUAACACAUUUCUAAUGGACGGAGAGAAGAUUAAAGUAGUUGACGGUUUUUCUCUCCCGGGAUGGAUAUUGAAUAACAAAAGAACUAGUAGUCAAGAAACCUGCCAAAGAUUACUACUGUUAGGGAGAUCUGCUAUGAAAACCCUGGAAAAAAUCAUGAAAUGUGCUGAUGUAACAAUUGCCAAAAAAAAUACAAAUUCUAUGGUGUUUCCCCUAA